AUGCGUCUACUCCGCACCACCAUCUUAACAGUAAAUGAAAUUUCACCUAUAGAUAGAACUUGCUCCCAUAGCAAACACGAUUCCUUUUGCCAACAACUCUACGUAAAAUCGAGCAUUGCGGCCAAGCAUUCCUCAGUCCUCAUGAACCCCCUCAACAAGCAUCAAAAACAAUCCCUUCAUCUCAGCACUCCACGCAAAAGAAAUUCCAGCCACACUCGUAUGAAGACCCCCCCCCCCCCAAAAAAAAUCGUCGCCCAAACCACGCAAAUGUCAUUCGUUCGUUUCUACACAACUAACGCACCCCAAAGCUUUAUUUUACACAAACGACAUGAAUCCAUAUUAAUAAAAUCCACCCACCACCACAAGACUUUCACCUCUCCUCGAGAAUCCAACAAAGAUCAGAGAUACAAGUUCUUCUUCCUGUCUUCCCAGCAGGCACGGAAUGGGAAUUCUCUCAAUCACCAAGGUAAGAAGAAAAAAAAAGAAAAAAAAAAGAACGACCUUCGCAUCAUAAUCGGUGAUGAUCGAGGAGCACUGUGCCCCAAGGCAUAUAUAUAUAUAUAUAUAUGCGGUAGGUACCCGUACCCUCAACGCGCGAUCCUUGCCCAAAUCCCCAUGAGAUUUUUGGUUUUUCGAAUCAACAUGAAGAUGAUGAACGAACUCAACCCCUGCCUCCUCUCCUCUAGUUACUUUACCUACUACCUUAUCUCCCAAGUAACUUCAUCACAUCAAAAAACACAAAAAAAUUACAUUCAAACACUUCAAAAACACAAUCUAAUCAUACAAUUCCAUAAGCAGACACAUCCAUUAAUCCAUUAUUCUCUCAUGUCCAUGCCCGUCUUCAUGCAAACAAAUAAGUAUAUUAAACAAAGCAGUCGCACCUCGAAAAAAGUGACUAAGUCAAGUCGUCAUGAGUUGCGCGUAUCGUAUGUCGUAUGUGAUGUAAAAGGUACCCAAGGACUCACAGCAAGGAAUGCUCAGCGUAAUCGUCAGGGUGGUUGGUGA